UGAUCCAGGCUGCCUUGGCAGUAGGGUGGUAGUGCGUCUACCACCGCAACCUUGUAAGGAUGACUUUUAAAAAAAAGGGCAACCAGCCACAGCUCUUGCAGGGCCACUCCCUGCACAGCACAGGCCGCCCCUCCCGCACGUUUGCGGGGCUGGCCUUCAGCCGGCGCGCGACCAGCGCCAGCAAAGCAGCCUUCACAGCGGAGCUCAUGCGCAAGUCGCCGCUGGCGGUACCGUUCCAGCGUGGUCAGGCUGUCCUCACGGUUCACGUGCCAGUGGACACCCGGCCCAUCAUUCCGGGCACCUACACCGUCACGGUCAAGAUGGUAGGGGGCCCUGUGUGGGGGGCUUUCCGCGGUCGCACCGAUUUGGUGCUGCAGGCGGGCGGCUAUCCCACCACCUCGGACCCUUCUAACCUGGCGUGUGCUUAUGUGGUCUCGGAGCAGUGCGCCAGAUCGGUGGGCCCCAAGGGGGAGCCCCAGGCCCCCGCAGGCCAGGGCAUCACCAACCAGUGGCGCUUCCCCACGUACCUGCUGUUUCACCCCUCGCUGCGUUUGGAGCUCGAGCAGCACUUGGAGGCGCACGUUGCCGCAAAUCCCUUGGCCAGUACAGGUGACGGCGCUUGCACGCAAUGGGAGGCGGACAAGUUCUUCUUGCGGGAGGCCGCCACCAGCAUCCACCGUCGGCAUGCACGCCAGACCCGGGAUGGGCUGCAUGGCGUGGUGCUGGCCGCAGACGCGGCCGCUGCCCUGGCCGACCGGCCGGGUGCCAGCGCCGCACAGCGUCAGGCUGCGGCCAUGGCAAACUUGGCGGUGCGGGAGGAGCGGGCAGCUGCCGCAGCGGCCAGCCACAAUGCCCGCGCUGCACUGAUGGAGGAGCAUGGGGAGCGGGGCACUCGCUGGUUCCAUCGGCAGGCUGACGAGCCAGCAGCCGGCGUGCAGGAGCCCAUCACGCACUUGAAGGUGCCGGGGCAACCGGCGCCUGUGGCGCUCACGGGGCCGGGCACGCGCAACACUGUCUCCGCUGCCGCCGCAGCCAUGUACAGCAGCACCAGCCCCACCGGCCUGUUCCGCGUGCAGCCGGUCUGUACGGCGUCGCAGCAACAGCUUCUGGCGGCCAUUGACCGCAAGGUUCCGGCGGAUCUGCACGCCGCCGCAGAGGGGUCCGGUGACGGCGCCCUCAGUGAUGCCGAGCUGAUGGCAGCGCUGGCUGGCUCCGCCAAUGGUAAAGCGCCUGGGUCGGACGGGGUCCCGUACGAGGUGUACAAGGUUUUCUGGGCGCUGCUGGGUCCGCGCUUGUGUGCUGCUGCUGCCGCUGCCUUUGCUGCCGCUGCAGACGCCCACGAUGGCGGCGAAAUGGCGGCGGCGCUGCCCGCCUCCUGGCGGGAGGGCAUCAUCACGCUCAUCUACAAGGGCAAAAGCCUGGACCGCGCCGAGCUGGCGUCCUACCGGCCCAUCACGCUGCUCAACUGCGACUUCAAGAUGGUGUCCAAGGCCGUCAGCGCCCGCCUGCAGCCCGCCCUGGAUGCAGUUGUGGAUGGGCUGCAGACCGCGUUUAUCACCGGCCGCUGGAUUGGAGACAACGCGCUGUACCUCCAAGGCCUGAUCGAAUGGAUGCGCCUGGACGUGGGCGCGGACGGCACGCCACGGCAGGGUGGUGCGCUGUACUUCUUGGACAUCGAAAAGGCGUAUGACCGGGUGCACCGGCAGUGGCUGUAUGCGUCCGCGGAGGGUCUGGGGUUUGGGCCGCGCAUGCUGCGCUGGAUCCGCCUGAUCACUGCCAACGGCUCUGCCCGCGUGUGUGUGAACGGGAUGCUCUCUGACGCCUUCCCAGUGCUGAACGGCUUGCCGCAGGGCAGCACCGCCUCACCACCCCUGUGGGUCAUCCAGAUGCAGCCACUGACGUCCUUUCUGCGGCGGCAGGUGGAGCAAGGGGCACUGCGCACGCCCCUGUUACCCAGCGGCGAGCAGGCGCCACCUGCUGCCCACCACGCUGACGACACGACCCUCACGGCGCGCGACCCGGCAGUGGACGGGCCGGUCCUGAUGGCGGCAGUACAGCUGUUCUGCCGCGCGUCCAACGCCCGUGUCCAUCCGGACAAGAGCAAGGCCAUGGGCCUUGGCAGCCGCGCGGACCGCCGCGGCCCCUCACCUGACUGCUGGGACGGGGACGCAUACGACUGCAGUUCUCUCGCCGGCGUGUUCUGCAGCCCCGCUGCCGCAGAGGUGCUGGCGGCAAAGCUGGCCUACCACUUCAGCUUCCUCAACCCGUCGCCUGCGCAGCUGAAGGAACUCACCGACCUGGUGGACCACUUUGCUGCGCGCUCCAUGCACGCUGAGGACGCCAGCCUGGUGUCGCAUGGGAACCCGCUCCUGCUGCCCAAGCGGGAAACGGCCUGUCUGCCGUACAAGGAUGGGGGUGUCAACCACGUCGACCUGCCUGCGUUCCUGUCUGCCCUGCAAGCUAAGACUUUCGCCCUCCUUGCCCAGCCAGGCCGGCAACCCUGGAAGACGCUCACCCGGGCGCUGCUUACCCAUGUGCGCCCGGACUCCGCCACCACGUGGGCGUGGGUGUACAGCGACGCGCCAGCGCCAGCGGGGCUGCCUGCCCGGCUGGCGGCCGCAGUCGGCCACGUGCGGAGCGCGGGUGUGGAACAGCAUCCACCGCAGCCAGCCACUCAGCCGCCAGCGGCGCCGCCACAGUGGCGGGUUAGCCUGGACCAGCUGUGGGUGGCUAAUGCUGCGGGGGCUGUGUCCUACGUCCACUACACGGGGCGGCUGUUGGAGCCUGGGCCUGGCGUGCUGCCCCCGGCGGUGGAUGGGGCGUGGCAGCCUGCCUGUGUGCUGCAGCAUCGCAAGCCGCGGCACCUGUGGACCUUUGAAGAGCGGGCGGCGUACGAUGCAGCAUCACCAGGGGACCGGGCGGGGGCGUGGCCUCGGGCGCCGUACUUCCUGGCGCCGGAGGCUGGGGUGGUGGUGCACCCGGAGCACUGCCGGAUUGCGGGUGUCAGCUUGGCGGACUACACGGUGCGGGACGUGCGGCGGGCCAUCACCGCGGCUAACCCGGCCGCACCUCCGGCUCCGGCCCGCCCCGCAGCCAUGCCGUGCCCGGCGCCAGCACAGCAGGCGGGGGGUUCGAGGACCCAGCCGGCGGCACAGUCGCGGCUGGCGGAGCGGGAGGCGGAGUGGCAGCGUGCAGCGGCGCAGCUGACCACCACGGCGGCGCAGCACUUCAACAAUAACCCGGUGGCUCUGGACACCUGGCUCCACCGCACCUCUGCGGCAGCCGGGCUGCAGAACACGCCAGCGAGAGAACUGCAGUCGUAUGCGUCCCCGUUCGCUCAGCACUCGGCUGAGGGGCCGCGGCGUUCCGCGCGGCUGCAGGAGCAGGCGGCGGGCGGGGCGGGACCUAGCACGGGGCCUUUUUUUUUUUGAGGAAUCAUCCUUACAAGGUUGAACAGGGGCAGACGCGCUGCCCCCCUACUGCCGGAAAGCAGCCUGGUCCCCGAGACCAGAACCCUGACAGGGCAAGAAGAGAAGAAAAGAGAAGA